AUGAAAAAGACGGCCAAAUCAUCUAAUGAAGCUACUGGUGUAAUCGUUUCUGAUAGUAUUGCUAAUGUUAGUGAUGUUGCGAUUGUUGACCUGCCAAACAAGAGUUGUUUGAAUCGUACAGUUCAGCGUCAAAGAGCUAAAAAUAAUCCUCAGCUAACUAAUCCAGUUGAUCGCGUUGAUCUUGUCAUACCACAUCAUUUUUCUACAACACAAAACGGUGAGAAAUUUUUACUCCACGAUAGUGGUGGUAAGAAUCGAUAUUUACUGUUUUCAACUCAAGCGAACUUGAGAUUUCUAUCUAAUUGCAAAGUAUGGAUGGUUGAUGGAACCUUUAAAUGCGUACCAGCUACAUUUUUGCAAUUAUAUACGAUUCAUGGGAUGCGUAACGGUAAAGUUUUACCUCUCGCAUAUAUUUUGGCGCCAAAUAAAACAGCUCGCUUAUAUACGGAAGUUCUAAAGAAAUUAAUAGAAUUAAAACCUGAUCUGAAACCAAAAACGAUGAUUGUUGAUUAUGAGAAAUCAUUUAUCAAUGGAUUAAAGGCGUGCUUUCCAACUACCAAAAUCCGAGGUUGCCAUUUUCACUAUGGCCAAUGUAUUUAUCGUCACGUACAGUAA